UUUUUAUGUUGUUUGUUGCCUGUUGACCCUCUUAGGGUUUCGUUUAGUGAUGCCUGGGUGCGAUAUGAUCAGCGAGUUGCCGGACUCUUUGCUCACUCAAAUACUCUCAUACCUUCCGACAGGAGAUUCGGUGCAGACAGGUAUAUUGUCUAAGAGAUGGAAGAAUCUCUGGCUAAGCGUUCCCGCUCUUGACUUAAACUGCUUUCUUAUUGCUUAUGAAGACGACGAAGAAGUGCUCUUCACCUUCGUUGAAAGAUUUCUCGAGUUUAGCCCCGAGUCAAGUCUUUUAAAAGUCAAGGUUAGGUGCAGGCCCCUCAUGAUAGAUGGUUUCAUGGACCGGGUCGGUACAAUGAUUAGCCGUGGAACACAACAUCUCGAUGUUGUGAGCAGAAACUGUUAUUUUGAAGAGCGCGGUAUGUACUAUGCUUGUGUCGAGUUCAUGCCUAUGAAUCUCUACACGAGCAAGACAUUGGUUUACUUAAAGCUCUCUUCUUCUGGACUUAUGGAUCCUGGUUUGGUUAUCAUGCCUUGUCUAAGAUUCAUGCAUCUUGAAGAAGUUAAAUGGCGUGUGCAUCUGGAGAAAGUCCUCUCAGGGUGUCCUGUUCUUGAGGAGCUGACUUUGGCGAGGGAUCCGGAUGAUGAUUAUGCACUUCGGAAUGAUGAAUUUGGGGUUAUGCGAGUGAGGUCUCAGAGCUUGAAGAGGUUUAGUGUGCUGCCGCUUAGGGAGGUAAGGGAUUACCAUUCGAUAGUGAAAUGCACACUUGAGAUUGAUGCUCCAGGGCUAGAGUAUAUGAGUCUUGGAGAAGAUCAAUUUGAUAGCAUUGUGGUAAAGAACCUGACUUCUUUGAUCAUGGUUAACCUUGAUAUCAAGUUUGUUAUCAACUUGAACGGAUUUUUUGAUCCAUGGGAUGCAUCAAAGAGGAAUGAAAUCCGUGGUUUUCUCAAUGGGAUAUCGAGUGUAAGACAUAUUAUCAUCUCUGAGAAAACAGUGAAGGCCCUUGAUCUUUACUCAAAAGGAGGAAUGAUUCCUAAAUUCAACAACUUAUCUCGUUUAGAAGCAGUGUUCCCUAGCGCCUUGUUACAGUUUCUGCCAGCCUUUCUUGAGUGUUGCCCAAAUCUCAAACACCUAGUCUUGAAGGUUGUUCAUUCAGAGGAGAUGAAUGAGGGAUUGGAACUCACAGAUGUGCCACGGUGUGUCUCAACGACUCUUGAGUGUGUUGAGAUUAAAGAUAAGUUUGAAUGGGAGGAAGAGAAGAUGAAAGUAGCCAGUUACUUUCUUGAAAACUCAGCAGUACUGAAGAAAUUCAUUCUGAGCCCUACAGCUUAUAAUCAGAACAUAUACGAGAAAGUUAAUAAACUCGCAAAACGUUCUACAGUAUGUCAAAUUAUCCAUGAAUGAAUGAGUUUCAUUAUCACUGUAUGAGUCUUCUUUUUUUAGUUAUGGUUGGCUUCCUUGACCAUUGUUGUUAAAUCUUCUUGGAUAUAUGUCUUAUUCUUUUAAAUAUUUAAAGAAAAUUAAGUAUUAUUAGAGCAACAUUAUCGGAUAGAAAUCGAAUUGGUUAUCUGAGCUAAAAAUAUUAAUAUUUUAUUAUUACUUUAUUAGAUUAUUAUAACUUAACUGAAACUAGAAAAUGAAGCUAAUGAAAAACAACAAGUAAGCAAUUACAGUUCUAAACAGAUUUUAAAAAGUUUGAUUUUAAGAUUCUCUUGCUUCAUCUCUUUUAUUUUUUUCUUUUUAAUAAUAUAAUAAUAUUUAAAAAUUCCUCCUCAUUUUCCGAUAAUGCUGCUCUUAAGUUCAGUUUUUAAUUCAUUUAACCUAUAUAUCUAAAAUUUAAAAAUAAAUAAAAAAUCGCUGUAACAAACAUUUUUCAUUUCAAAUUUAAUAUUUGUAAAUGUUAAGAAAAUUAAAGUUUACGGAUACUCCCUCUGUUUCAGAUUAGUUAUCGUUUUAAAUUUUUUUUCACACAAAUUAAGAAAAAACAUUAAAUUUCGUAUUUUAUCUCUAUUUAAUAUAUUUUUUUAUUUGGAUAUACUAUAUUAUUUAAUGAGCUUAAAUAGUAUGGAUAAAAUUAAAAAAUUAGUAAAUAAAUGCGUUGAAAACAUAAAACGACAAUUAAAUGAAACAAAUUUUAAGUUCUAGAAUGGUAAUUAAUCUGAAACUAAGAGAAUUAACUACAACUAAACUAUAAAAAUGCUGACAAAAAAAAACAACUAAACAAUAAAUAGAAACUUAAAAAAAACACAGUCCUGAGCAUUCAAAUUUCCAAGUAGAUUACUUGGAUUGGUCUUCAUUGAAUCCGAAAUCUGUUAAUUGAAAGUUAUUAAUAUAUGUAUUUAUAAAGUUUUGGAUCUGAGUAAAAUGCUGAGGACUAAAUUUCAGACAGAUCUUUUUCAACUCUGAUUAAUUCGGAAUGAAAGUUUUUUUUUGUUUGAACAAUUCGAAAUUAAAUAAAUAGCUUUUAUUUAUAUUUGGAAUGAAAUGAAAGUUUAGACUAAAUAAAAGCUAUUUAUUUAAUUUCGAAUUGGUUAAUUCUGGUUCGGAUUGGUCAAACGAAGACCAUUCUUAUUGCACCUGCUCCUACUCGUCGCCUUUCUCUUCGCUCUCCAAAGGUUGAAAUGUAUUCAAGAAGAGAGCUGGAUGAUUUGGAGUACAGAUACUACUGUGAGCUGAAAGAUGGCACUCGCAAGGUCAAGAUCUCUGACUCUCUCUUCAGGUGUCCCUUCUGCUACUUAGACCGCAAGCGUGACUACAACUUUGACGACUUGCUUCGUCAUGCUUACAACAUCAGCGGUAGUUCCCGCACUAAGGAUAUCCUCAGAGGCGUGAUCCUUUGGCUGCUCGUAAUGAUGGUCUGAUGUUUGUGCAUCCAUGGAAAGGGAUCUUGGCCAACAUCAGUAGAACUUUUAGUGAGAAGACAAGGAAGUUCGCUGGCGAGAGUGGAAGCAAAAUUAGGGAAGAGUUUGUUAGCAAAGGGUUUAAUCCCCACAAGGUCGAGCCACUGUGGAACGGCAGAGUUGGUUUCACAGGUUUUGCGAUUGUUUACUUUGGCAAAGACUGGGAAGCUUACAGGAACGCCACCAUGUUUGAGAAGCACUUUGAAGUCAAUCAGUGUGGGAAGAGAGACUAUGAUUCUGCACGUGAUCGUGGCGAAGAGCUUUACGGUUGGAUAGCAAAAAGGGAGGACUACUACUCGAGAACUGUAGUUGGAGACCACCUCAGGAAGCAAGGGGACUUGGUGACUGUUUCUGGAAAAGAGGCAGAGCAACAAAGAAGGGCAUUCACGCUUGUCUCCAACUUGGAAAACACACUCGAGACUGAUGUAGCGGAAGCUUUGUAAGAUAGGACUAGAGAUCCGUUGAUUCUUAGAAUACCCGGAUCUCUAGUCCUAUCUUACAAAGCUUCCGCUACAUCAGGUGGUAUCAGAGCUGCUGUUUUGGUUUCUUAAUCAAAACUCGAUCUGGAAUCAUGGAGAAUUUGUUCGCUAAUAGCGAAGAAAUUGUUUAUAAAGAAAUUAUUGGCGAUCCUGUUUAUGAUAUCUACUAUGACGAUAACAUAAACUUCAUCAACUAUCAGUUAUCAAGAGACGUGGCCGUGAAUCAAAGUCAAAGCAUGAUAUCAAGAGAAGAUGUCCACGUGUGCAGCCACUCCAAGCCCAUUGAAGGUGUGUUCGUAACGAGCAUGGAGAUAUCAGGGGUUUUGUCUCUUUAUCAUAACGAACACAUAAAAAUAAAAUUACAGAUCCUUAUGAUGUGUUUUGCUACGGUAGCUGUGAAGAUCAAAUUGAUGGUGCAAAAGAUUUAUAUUCUUUUAUUUGAUGGAUAUUAUCGGUGGAAGGCCAAGGAAAAGGAAAAAUAUGUGUGUCAUGGUCAAGGUUUUGGGAUCAAAGACCACGGUUAAGAUUCGAGGACGAAUCUUUUCAACCCGGAGAGAAUGGUGUAAAGAAGAUAUUUAGAAUAAAUAUCUUAUUUAUUUAGUGUUUUAUUUAGAGUUUAUUUAUUAUUAAGAUAAUUAUCUCUAAUGUUUUAGGGUUUUUAUGUUUUCUUAUAUAUAGUCUUUGAGGCUAUGGUUUUAUGCAGUUUAUGAUUUGAAUUAAUAAAAGUUAAGAGAUUUCUCUUUUGUUCCUUGUUUUCGGUAGAUCAUUGGUGAUCUCAACGAAUUUAAGAAGACAUUGAUCUUAGGCAUUCUUAGACUAAAUAAGAUCUUUGUGAUUAUCCUAGUUUUCCGGGUAUUCUAAGAAUCAACGGAUCUCUAGGAUAAUCACAAAGAUCUUAUUUAGUCUAAGAAUGCCUAAGAUCAAUGUCUUCUUAAAUUCGUUGAGAUCACCAAUGAUCUACCGAAAACAAGGAACAAAAGAGAAAUCUCUUAACUUUUAUUAAUUCAAAUCAUAAACUGCAUAAAACCAUAGCCUCAAAGACUAUAUAUAAGAAAACAUAAAAACCCUAAAACAUUAGAGAUAAUUAUCUUAAUAAUAAAUAAACUCUAAAUAAAACACUAAAUAAAUAAGAUAUUUAUUCUAAAUAUCUUCUUUACACCAGAGACCAAAAGCACUAACCUUGAAGAAAUAGAGAGCAAGUACAAAGAAACCAGUACAGAGCUUCAGAGGAGUAUGAAAGAGAAGGAUGAAAUGAUCAACGCUCAUAAUGAAAAGAUGAGUAGCAUGCAGCAAAAGGCGCGUGAUUAUUUGGCGAGUGUGAAAAAUGAACAUGAGAAGGCAGCUCAGCAUCUGGAAGCUCAAAGGAAAGAGUUUGAAGAGAGGGAGAGAUACCUUGAUAAAUGUCAAACGCUGAACAAAACUGAGCGACGAAAGCUUCAAUGGCAAAAACAGAAGAACUUAAUGGCUACUGAAGAGCAAAACAAAGCUGAUGAAGAAAUGACGAGAUUGGCUAAACAGCAACAGAGGGAGAAAGAUGAGUUACGUGAGAGUCAAAAAGCUGGAGAAGAAACUGGAUGAUGAGCUGGCACUGGAGCUGGAGAUAGAGAGAAUGAGGGGUGGGCUGCAGGUGAUGGGACACAUGGAAGAUCCUGAUAUGAAGGAAGAGAUAGAAAAGACCAAAGAAAAACUAAGGGAGAAAGAAGAGGAAUCAGAAUACCAAGAGUCAAUACUUCAAGCUCUUGUUGUUAAACAUGGCUAUACUAACGAUGAGCUUCAGGAUGCUCGCAAGGCUUUGAUCAGAUCAAUGUAAGAGUUGACAUUACGUGGUCAGAUAUCUGUGAAGAGAAUGGGAGCAUUGGAUGAGAAACCGUUCUAAAAACUAGCUAAAGAGAGAUAUCUAGCUGAAGAAGCUGAUGUUGAAGCAGCAACUCUCUGUUCCUUGUGGGACAACCACUUGAGAGACUCGGCUUGGCAUCCAAUUAAGGUCAUCCAAAUAGACGGAAUCCACAAGUACGUGCUGGAUGAAGAGGAUGAGAAGCUGAAGGAACUGAAGAAAGAGCUGGGGGACGAAGUGUUUGAAGCAGUGACACAAGCGCUGAUGGAGAGGAACGAGUACAAUGGAAGUGGAAGGUACAUAGUGCCUGAGCUUUGGAACUUCAAAGAAGGAAGAAAAGCAACUCUCAAAGAAGGUGUGGUUUAUCUGAUGAAGUUGUGGACGCACCUCAAGCCAAAGCCAAAGCGAAAGCGUAAGUAACAAACAAAAAAAGAAUCUGAAACCGAGUUUGUUGCCGAUGGGUUGAUACUCCUAUAUUACGACUUAAGUGAGUUCUUAUGAUUUAUAUUCCACAAGAGUAGAGAAACAGUUGUUAAGGUGAGAUCUUGGACGCAGAUGUUUAUAAUCUAAUGUGCUUGGUUUA